CAGUUUGCUAUUUCACCUUCAUGGUAUGUGACACUAAAGGCGCAAAUUUGUGUAUUUUUAAAAUCGAAAGCAAGAGUUUCUGCUGAAAAGUUCUAAGUGCUACUUAAAGUUAAUUACUAAGUGAAAUUGUAGUGUAGUGGUUUAUAAUAGAUAUUUUUAAAUUCUAACAAAAUGCCAGAUAUUGAGAAAUUAUUAAAACAAGCUGCUAUGCAAGUUGGUGCUGGUGGUAGUGCAGGAUUCGUAGAAGUGUGCAUCAUGCAUCCUCUAGAUUUAGUAAAAACAAGGUUACAGCUGCAAUCGACGAGAUCUUCUCAAUAUCAUUCCGAUCCUCAUUAUUAUAACGGAAUAGUAGACUGUAUGAAAAAAAUGCACAGACAUGAAGGAUUGCUGUCGUUUUGGAAAGGAAUAUUACCACCAAUAUUAGCAGAAACUCCGAAAAGAGCUGUGAAGUUCCUCACUUUUGAACAGUACAAAAGAUUUUUUAUGUUUGGCUCACCAACACCAACACCUAUAACAUUCGCCUUAGCCGGCCUUGGGGCGGGCAUAACUGAAGCUAUACUAGUAAAUCCCUUUGAAGUGGUCAAAGUGACUCUUCAAUCGAACAAGCAGUUAGCCGCCCAAGUACCCAGCACUUGGACAGUAACGAGAGAAAUUGUGAGAGAGAGUGGCCUUGGAUUUAGAGGGUUGAAUAAGGGAUUAACGGCAACCAUAGCGCGAAAUGGCGUAUUUAAUAUGGUCUAUUUCGGCUUCUAUCACAGUGUUAAGGGAUACCUGCCGGAAUAUCAGGAUCCGCUCCUAGAAUUCGGACGGAAAGUGUUAAUUGGAUUCACCUCCGGCGUUCUCGGGUCUUGUGUGAACAUACCGUUCGAUGUAGCCAAGAGUCGGAUACAGGGUCCGCAGCCGAUGCCCGGUGUGGUGAAAUAUAGUUCCACUACUGGUGCUAUAUACCUUGUUUACAAGGAGGAAGGAUUUCGUGCUUUGUACAAAGGCUUGUUGCCAAAAGUUCUCCGAUUGGGCCCAGGUGGUGCAAUCAUGCUGGUCGUGUAUGACUAUGUUUAUCAUUUCUUAGAAACUAAGUUUGAAAACAAGCCAAUCAUUUAGCAGUAUUUUAUGAUUGUAAACAUAUUUUUCGUAUAGGAUUAAUUAAUUAAAGCAAUUAAUAAUGUUACUUACUGCCUUAAAAAUAUGUUUUAUUGUUAUCGACGCGAACGGAGAAUUCAAUAUUUACUUUUUUUAUUUAACUACACAUACACUUUUAUGUGUAUAUUGAUUUACGUGUGAUUGUGCUGUGAUAAAAUAAAAGAUGGUUGUUAUUUUUGUGAUUACAAAUGAUAUAUAAUAUAUCUAUUGAAUUAUACAGAAAUACAAAUUUAGCAUUUACUGUAAAUAUGGAGCACCAAAUAAAAUAGUGUUGUCUGUUCUUAUCAUUGUCAUUAAACCUGAUGUACCUACUGCUGUUAUGAUAAUGUUUUGUCAAUAUUAGUAAUUGUAAUAAAUGUUGUUAUAUUAAA